AUAUUCUGUGAAAUAACCUCAUCCGGCUACAGAUAUCACGUGUUUCGUAACAACGGGCUCGUCAGUCACAACAAAACGUUUGUGGAAUACGUUCGUGGAUACAAAAUUGACGAGAACAACUUCUGGAUAGGGCUGGAUAACUUGAGCAAGUACGCCACGAAAUCAGCUUAUAAAACGUUUAUAAUGGAGGCGAUUUACGAAAACAAUGUCAUUAAUGCAACUUGGUUCAAAAUGGGUUUUACAAUAGCGAAUUCCUCGCAAUUGUAUAAAGUCUCUUGGGCUGGGCAAAGUUAUUAUAGUGCAGGGUCUGGCAGAUACGCGUUCAACAUCUAUGACUGCUUCGUCGCUUACUAUCCAUUCUCUACAUGGGAUAACGAUAAUGACUUAUCUUCAUCCAAUGUGGCGGCCGAAGCAGGGGCCGGCUGGUUCUUCGGAGCGUAUAGGCCCUGUAACCCGCUUGGUCAGCUGCCAGGCCCG